UAAAAUUACAAAGGCAAUAAAAAAGAGUAGAGAAGUGAUGCCUUCAUUUUGAUACCCUUUUACCAAUAUCUAUCCUUUAUUCCUCUUUGCGUACAUACACAGCAAUUUCAUUAUUCUCUAUUUUGCUCACUCACUCAAAUGACUUCCUUUACACUUCUUCUUUUUCACUAGUACUCAACCAUAUGCCCCCACCGCCAUAUCAGUAAUUACAAAUCUCUUCCUACAUGCACUUGAAUGGAAUAAAACCAACGUUAUAUUAUAUAAGAGAAGAAAAGGAUUUAUAUUGUUGGUUUUGUUGGAGAGAAUAAGAGAGAUGGAAGAAGAACAGGGUGAUAUAAUUGGGAAGGCUUUUGUGGAACAUUAUUACCAUUUGUUUGAUAAUGAAAGAGCUUCUCUUUCAUCUUUGUAUCAACCUGAUUCAAUGCUCACCUUUGAAGGCCAACAAAUUUUAGGUGUCAAUGAUAUCUCCACAAAGCUUCAGCAAUUGCCAUUUGAACGUUGUCGACAUGUCGUUAGCACCAUAGACACGCAGCCCUCCUCCGUCCCUGGCUCCAUCCUCAUCUUCGUCAGCGGUAGCAUUGAGAUACCCGAAGAAGAACACCCACUCAGAUACAGCCAGAUGUUUCACUUGGUACCAUCACCACAAGGCAACCUUUUCGUUCAGAAUGACAUUUUUCGCCUCAAUUAUGGUUAAGUUCGUUCCUGGUUUCCUUUUCUCUAUGUAUUUGAACACACAAAUGUUGUAAUUUCAAAGAUUUUUAUUUCUAUUUUGGCUUCUUAUUUAAAUAUACAUCAUUUCUAGUU